AGGCUGACCUAAAUUUCAGCCAGUGAAGACGAAGUUUCAUCGUUUAGCCUUUCUUGUGUUUUGCCCUUUUAUUCAAUCUACCGUUUUCUAAGGUUUGAGUUAUAUCCCGGUAUACAUCCCUUUGUUAUUUGUCACCGGAUACCGCGUAUUUCGCCAACGAUUUCUAGAUUCUUCUGUCCAAAGUGUGAUUUUGUUUGCCAGUUACCCCAAGAAAUAACAGAUGGGAUUCUUUGCGAAUUUGUGUGCUGGUCUGCUGGCAAUGUCAUUGGCGCUUUGUCUAGUAUUUGCACAGGAGUCUUAUCCCACCUACUCAGAAAUGGAUCUGCCAAAAACCAGCUUCUCAUGCUGGGACAAAGUGAACGGUGCAUACUACGCCGAUAUUGAAACCGACUGCCAGAUGUACCACGUGUGCCAUCGGGACAAAAAUGGAAAAACGAAAAGCACACGAUUUCUAUGUGGCAACGGAACUGUUUUUGAUCAGCGACACCUGGUGUGCCAAGACUAUAGAAAAGUGAAGAGAUGUCAGGAUUCGACAAAAUAUUACAACAAUGUUGUCACUCUUUUGGAAAGACUGGAGGCUAAACUAAGAUCUGGUGAAACUGAAAAAAAAAUUCUAGAAGUGGAGAACUUCGAAUUCGAAAGGUUAAAUUGAGAGAAAUUUAAAAAUUAGAAAAUGUUUGCUUUGUAAUGCUCCUUCCAUUGAAUUAUUUAUGCAUCAUUAAAAGUUGAUUGAAAAUUUUCUAAAUUAUGUAUUUUUUAUAUAUAUAUUUUUUUUUUCUUAUUCUUAUAAAAGUAUUUUUUUUU